UGGGCCCGGGGCAGGGCAGGUUGUCCUGCCAGGCUGUCCCACCUCUCCGCAUCCGGUCCGAAGCUACGGGGAGAAGCAGGUGUGCGACUUGACAGUCACCUCCCAAUCGCUUGCAGCACCUGCCACGUCUUCGCGACCCUCCCCGGAUUACCUGGACGCUAACUCGGAACUCUCCCAUGGAGAAGUUUGGGAUGAAUUUCGGGGGCGGGCCGAGCAAAAAAGACCUGCUGGAGACCAUCGAGUCGCAGAAGAAGCAGCUCCUGCAGUACCAGGCACGGCUCAAGGAUGUGGUCCGCGCUUAUAAAAGCCUGCUGAAGGAGAAGGAGGCGCUGGAGGCCAGCAUCAAGGUGCUGUCUGUGUCCCACGAGGCGGAUGUCGGCCUCGCAGGUGUCCAGCCUCCAGGCCUCACCUUUCCCGAAUCUCUUGAUGACCGGUGUUCUACUCACAGCGAGGAUAGCACGGGCACCGCUACCAGCUUGGAUACUGCGGCCAGCCUCACCAGCACCAAGGGUGAGUUUGGGGUAGAAGAUGACAGACCGGCCCGUGGACCAUUGUCUCCCAAGUCCGAAGAGGCCAGCGGGUCGGAGAGUGGUGUUAGCAGUAGCAGUGGGGAUGCGCCGUCAGGGGGAGUGGAGCCAGACAAACGACUGUACCAGCUGAAGACUCAGUUGGCGACUUUGACCAGCUCCUUGGCGACUGUCACCCAAGAGAAGUCCCGCAUGGAGGCUUCUUACCUGGCUGACAAGAAAAAGAUGAAACAGGACUUAGAAGAUGCCAACAAGAAAGCCGAGGAGGAGAGAGACCGUCUGGAGGGGGAGCUGAAGGGACUGCAGGAGCAGAUAGCAGAAACCAAAGCACGACUGAUAACACAGCAGCAUGAUCGAGCCCAGGAGCAGAGUGACCAUGCCUUGAUGCUGCGGGAGCUCCAGAAGCUGCUGCAGGAGGAGCGGACCCAGCGCCAGGACCUGGAGCUCCGCCUGGAGGAGACUCGCGAAGCCCUGGCUGGACAGGCAUAUGCCGCGGGCCAGAUGGAAGGUUUUGAACUUCAGACCAAGCAACUGACCCGGGAGGUGGAGGAGCUCAAGGCUGAGCUGCAGGCUCUCCGAAGUGAGAAGAAUCAGCCAGACCCCCGCCUGCAGGACAUGCAGGAAGAAGCCACCCGUCUCAAGAGCCAUUUCCAGGCUCAGUUACAGCAGGAAAUCAGGAAGACAGCCCUUGUCGAGGAACAGCUCCGUCAGCAGUCUCAGGUGGAAGAGCAGAGGGUGGCGGCCCUGGAGAACCAAAUAUCCGAGGUGUCUGAACUGCUGGGCACCUACGAGAAGGCCAAGCAGAAAGACCAGCUGGCCAUCCAGAAGCUGAAGGAGCGCAUACUGCAGCUGGACCUGGAAAACAAGACGCUGGCUCUCGCAGCGUCCAGUCGUUCCACCCUCGACAGUCACAGCGAGGAGUCUAGUCUGGACGUCAAUGUCCUGAAGGACAAGAUGGAGAAGCUGAAGAGGCUGCUGCAGGUUGCAGCCAGGAAAAGCCAGGUGACCCUGGACUUGGAGAAGCUGUGCAACCUGGAGCUGAUACCCAGCUCAGAGGCUGCUGACGGGGAGAAGGCCACUGCACUGUACUACCAGCAGGAGCUGAAGCAGCUCAAGGAGGAGUUUGAGCGGUACAAGGUGAGGGCCCAGGUGGUCCUCAAGAGCAAGAACACCAAGGAUGGCAACCUGGCCAAAGAGCUGGAGGAGGCCCAGGAGCAGCUGGCGGAGCUGAAGGAGAAGUAUAUCUCCCUGCGGCUGUCCUGUGAAGAGCUCGAGCACCAGCACCAGCAGGAGGCCGACGACUGGAAGCAGGAGCUGGUCCGGCUGCAGCAGCUGCACCGGCAGGAGCUGGAGCGCAGCCAGCUGGACUUCAGGGACCGCACGCUGAAGCUGGAGGAGGAGCUGCACAAGCAGCGGGACCGGGCCCUGGCUGUGCUGGCCGAGAAGGACCUGGAGCUGGAGCAGCUGCGCUCGGUGGCCUUGUCCUCUGGCCUGCCCGGACGCAGAAGCCCCGUGGGGGCCGGGGCUCCGGGAGACCCCGCUGAUGCAUCCUCCCCAGAUAGCCUGACCCAAGCCCUGCAUCUUGCAGCAGCCAACGAGCCCACUUUCUUCCUGUACGCUGAACAGCUGGCCCGCAAGGAGGUGGAGAUCACCUCGCUGCGGAAGCAGAAGCACCGGUUGGAGGCUGAGGUGCAUCAGCUGCAGGACCGGCUGCUGGAGGAGGGCGAGCGGCACCGUGAGGAGGUUGGGGCCCUUCAGAGCCACAUUGAAAAGAACUUUCGGGACCAGAGCAGGGAGGGGGCCAACCUGGAGUACCUCAAGAACAUCAUCUACCGCUUCCUGACCUUGCCGGACACGCUGGGCCGCCAGCAGACCCUCACAGCCAUCCUGACCAUCUUGCACUUCAGUCCAGAGGAGAAACAAGUGAUAAUGCGGCUUCCAUCCAGCAGCAGCUGGUGGCCUUCGGGCAAGAGAUGAU